AUGGCAUCCAGGAGUUAUUGGACUAAAUGCAGACGCACAUUAAGAAUCCUUCAGUCUUUUGAGUCACAUUCUGACAAUGGAGGAGAUAUUUUGGAUGCUGUUGACCGUGACAUCAGUCAGGCCCCGAAUGACAGUGCUGAGGAGGAAGACGAUGUUUUCAUGGACUGCACAAGUUCAUUUGAUGACUGUAACGAUAAGAGAGUUGAUGGCAUGACCUCAGAUGGUGACUAUGAAGACAGUGACUCAGAGGAUGUUUGUGAAACUGAUGAAGAUAGUGAAGAUGAAUGUUCAAAAUUGACAAAUGUUCUUUGUGACUGGGCUCUGAGGAACAAUGUGCCACAGAACACCUUUUCUGAUCUUCUUAGUGUGCUACAGGAGUUCCAUCCAAGCCUGCCAAAGCAAGCUCGAACCCUGCUAAAAACAGCUAAAAUAGCAGCCAAUGUAAAGAACAUAAAAGGAGGGGAGUAUUUACACAUUGGCAUUCUCAAAUACCUCCAGACAAUCGCAACAGAUGCUCUCCACAAUGUUAAUGACUAUGAAAAGACGAGAAAAAAGGCCAAAAUGGCAGAAACACAUUUAGCUGUCGCCAGUGAGCCUGAGGAGUUGGAGAGAUGCCAGCGUUCAAGACAACCAACGAAACGUUACAUCACCCUGCCUGAGCCUGGACCAAGUAGACCAUUGCCACCAGUUCCACCAGCAGCGAUGAACCUGACUCUUAUGAGCCCACCCCCACCACCUUCACCAGUGAGGCAGCCAUCAUUGUCCUCAUCAAGUUCACACUCAGGCCAAGCCCAUCACAUGGACACCCAGCUGUUGAGCCCACCUCAACCCCUCCCAAUUCACCCCCCUUUGAGGCAGCCAUCAUCAUCCUCAAGAAAUCCAUCUGAACAAGUGGACGACCAACUUAGUCCACCCCUCCCUAUUUACCCACCUGCAAGGCAGCCAUCAUUAUCCUCAGGCCUUGAGAGAUAUUUGGUCUCUACGCUGGAGGAGAUUAAGGAUAGGCUGUCUGCAUUGGAGCGGACGGUGACAAUGUUGGCCAGAUCAGGCAGCAACAAACACGCAAAGCUGCCAGACAACUUGGAGCUACCUCUCCAGAACUUCCAGGACCUCAAUGGACUGGAGGAAAAACUGGAGGACAGCCCCUACCAAAAAGAAUUGACUGCUUAUCUGGGGACAAUUGGUGGUGCCACUGUCCAGGCCACAACCAGGAGGGUCCUGGCCACCGUUUUCGGCCAUUCAUUGGCCAUGACCAUCAAUUGGAAUGGGUGCAAUGACAAAAGGGCAUUCCGGGACCUAAAAUUAAAGAGGGUAGUUGUAGAUGCUGUUAGGAGAGGCUCAAUGGACUCCCCACCAGCAGCACAGAUUGAGGACGAGGUGAAGGUGUGGUUCCGGAAUGCCCUAGAUAGGGCGGGUGGCCGUAGGCAGCGGUACAUUCGAGUUGCAGCACAGGACGUUUAA